AUGGCGCCGCUGGCGGAGAAUGACGAGGCUGCUACGGUGGAGGAGGCGGAGAUAGCGCAGGAGACGACGAAAGCGGCUGGGACAGCGGGGGAAGUGUCUGCUGCCGGGACUGUUGCCGCCUCUGGCGGCGGCUUAAUCUCAUCCUCUGCUGUGCGCCCGACUGCGUCAACUAUACCUGUGGACUGGGGUCUGGCCGCUGAGGAGUUACAAACGGUACCGAGGCCUGCUGAAUCCAUGCUAGUGGGCGGGGUGGCAGGGGAAAAUGGCACAGCGGUAAUUGAGUCGCCGACCGCGGCGGGGUCUGACACGACGGCUGCUGCUGCGAGGCCUGAGGCUGCUGCUGCAGUGACUGCGGCGGAGACUGAGGCUGCGGAGGCGGCGCUGUCCGCGUCACUGGCGCCUGUGGCAGCUGCUGUGUUGGCGGCGGUGGUGUCUGCUGCAGCUGGAGAACAAAACGGAGCCAGGACCGAGGAGGGCGUGAUGGCUGCCGCUGCGUACGCCGGAACGCCUGCUGCUGCCGUGGGCGCAGACAUGCAGGGGCGCGUCCAGGUAGCGAACGAUAGACGGGGUCAUGGGUGCGGCACGACUGUUUGCGCCGCUUGUGGAAAGGCGGGGAAGAAUUUCCGAGCCCAGCCAGCGCCGAGGCGGCCAGGAGCAGGGCUGGACCUGGCGUCCGGGGACCCCUCCUGGGCUGGCUUCUGCAAGGGCAGUCGCCACGAGAGCGAGAGCCUCAGUCUGCAUCACGAGGAGCUGCAACUGCACAACCCACACCGGGGCUUUCGGGGAUGCAAGCGGCUGCGACACAGCUCACCGCAGGACGGAGGAAUACCGCAGCCCCAUAAGCCUGUGACUGAAGCAGCACCUGGGGACGGGGAAGUGGGAGAGCCUGACGAUGUCGUGGCGGACCCGGGGUUUAUGGGCAGGGAGGAAGAGGAUUCAGAGGAGAUCUCGUUGGAGGAGGAGCGAGAAACAAGGCGGGCAACCCAAGCCAGGAGAGAGAGAACAGAAGAAGGUGCUCCACAUAACCCAACGGAAGCGGGAGAAGCUGCCACGGAUGACACGGACGUCCCAUCCCCUUCCGACCUGGCGGGAAUAGACGCCAUCUAA